UAAAGUCUUCUCCGGAGCUCUUUCUGUACAUCUCCUUCCAUCCCCAAAGUUGCCACCGUCAGAACUUCAAGCUUCCCGUGCUUCAUUAAUGGCGCCUAUUUCUCAGGCUUCCAUCGAAGAGAAAAAUAAUGGAUCAGAAAAUAUGGGCGAAAAGGCAAAGAUGAUUAACUGCAACACGGUGCUGUGGGAAGUCAAAUCUUCCAUUAGAGGAGUCAUGGCUGAGCUUCAGACUUUAUCUAACAGCGAGAAAACCGUUAUCUCUCUCGGCACCGGCGAUCCCACCGCCAAUCCACAGUUCCUCGGCCGCCGGCCGCCGUUCAUUGAUUCUCUCUCCUCUGCUCUCACUUGCUCUCUCUCCGACUCCUACGCUCCUUCCUUUGGCCUCCCUUCUGCUCGCCG